AUGGCUAAAUUUAAGAUGGAUGUUGCGAAGGAGGUUUCUACACCCAUGCAUGCUUCAAAUACUUUACCGCAGGCUACUUCCUCAUAUACUGUGGAUGCGUCUAGUUUCCGUUGUUUGAUUGCACUAUUGCAAUACUUGGGGAUUACAGGACCAGAUGUUUCUUUUGCUGUUAAUCGUCUCUCUCAGUUCAUGCAUGCUCCUACAGCUUCUCAUUGGUCAGCUGCAAAACGGAUCUUGCGCUACCUCAAAGAGAUGAUGUGCCAUGGUUUGUUUCUAAAAAGUGGUUCAUCUCUUGACUUGAUAGCGUUUUCCGAUUCAGAUUGGGGUGGUUCUUCUACCUCUGGUCGUUUUACCACAGCUUACAUAUUGUAUCUUGGCAGCAAUAUUAUCUCUUGGAAAUCCACACGUCAAAAGUCAGUGUCUCGUUCUUCUACGGAAGCCGAGUAUCGCGCUCUGGCUAAUGCUGCUGCAAAGAUAUUAUGGAUUCAGAACCUGCUACGCGAAUUGAGAAAUCCAUUAUGUCGUCCUACUGUGUUAUUUUGUUAA